AUGGUUGAGGUAGCUGAUACGGGUUUGGGAACAGCAGGGAGUGGAGCGGAUAAGCUAAGAGGCUCUCGGAAAGCUGUGGUGGGGAAGAGGGAGGAGAAAAGGCGAGAGAGGGAAGUGAGGUCGCAGCCGGUGGUGGAGGAGAAAGGCGAGGGGCAGAGGACACUGAGAAGGAGAGAGCAACCGAAACGAACCCAGCAGAGCAAGCAACAGCAGAAGCAGCAGCAGCAGCAGCAGCCACAGAAGCAGCAGAGGCGGCAGGGGAAGAAGCAGACGGGUAAAGCGAAACAGGCAGCAGCGGCGAAAGCAAAGGCAGGGCGAGCAGCAGCAGCGAAGGGAAAGCGGGAGGCGGAGAGGCAGGAGGAGCACGAUGCAGAGGUGGCACGGGCGGUAGGGUUCCCUCCGGAUGGGCUGAGGGAGGACGAGGAGGAGGCGGGUGUGUUUCGCAGUGGUACAAGUGGGGAGGAGGGCGUGUAUGUGCGCAUGCGGAAUCGGAUUUUGGCGCUUUGGAGGCGGAAUGUGAAUGGGUGGAUACACGAUGACAAGCUACUAAGCAGCACACCAGCAGCCGAGUGGGAAGCAACAAGAGCAGCCUUCACCUUUCUCCAUCUGCGUGGUUUCAUCAACUGGGGCCUGUCGCGUACCGCCACAUCCGCCAUCCCUCGCCGCCCCUCCCUGCCCCACGUCAUCGUCCUCGGUGCUGGCCUCGCAGGCCUUGCUGCAGCGCGCCAGUUGAUGGUUCUCGGGCAUCGGGUGACAGUGAUAGAGGCUCGCAACCGCCCCGGAGGGCGAAUGCACUCCAAGCUGCUCUCCUCGCCUCCAGGCCCCAACCAGGUGGCAGUGGCAGCGGAGCUAGGCGGGUCGAUCGUCACAGGCAUUCUCGGCAACCCUCUGGGAGUCUUGGCCCGCCAGCUCGCCAUCCCUCUGCACCGCAUUCGCGACGCCUGCCCGCUCUACCGCCCGGACGGGCUGCCCGUGGAUGAAAAAGCUGACCGGGUGGCAGAGGCAAGAUUCAACGUGAUGCUGGACUUAGCUUCAGAGAGGAGAGCGGAGAUGGAGGGGGUAGCAGAUCAGAUCUCCCUUGGGAAUACCAUGGAGUUUGUUCGGCAGCAAGCGGUGCAGGCUGUAUCUGAGGAAGGUGGAGCAGCCUCGGGAGCAGCAACAGCAGCAGCAGCCGCAGCAACAGCAGCAGCAGAAGCAGCAGCAGCAGCAGCAGUAGCAGCAGGACCACCAGCAGCAGCAGCAGCACAACCAGCCAGAGUCCAAGAAACAGAAGAGGAACAAGAGCUAGUGCAGUGGCACUAUGCGAACCUCGAGUUUGCCAACGCAGCCCGUGUAGCGGACCUCUCUCUGGCCUUCUGGGACCAGGACGACCCCCACGAGCUGCUGGGCCACCACUGCUUCGUGGCGGGCGGCAACGGGCAGCUUGUGGAUGCCCUGGCGGACGGGCUGCCCGUGGUGUAUAACUGUGCGGUGGAGAGGGUUGAGUAUGGGAUAGGGAGGAGUCGAGAAGGGGACGAGCCGGUUUCAGCAGAGGCAGGAGGGGGAGGAGCAGGAGGUGGAGCAGGAAGAGGAGGAGGCGGGGGAGAGGGGGGAAAGGAAGAGGAAGUGGGAGGGGAGGGGAGAGCGGCGGCGGGGGGAGUGAGGGUGGUGUGUCGGGACACGAGGAGUGGGGAGGAGGUGGAGUAUGAGGGGGACCAUGUGCUCUGCACGCUGCCGCUGGGAGUGCUGCAGAGGGGGUCCGUGUCCUUCCACCCGCCGCUGCCUCUCAGGAAGACACGUGCCAUCCAUAGGCUGGGCUUCGGGCUCUUGAAUAAGGUAGCAAUGCUCUUCCCGUAUGUCUUUUGGGACACCACCAUCGACACCUUUGGUCGCCUCACAUCGCACCCCUCGCAGCGGGGCGAGUUCUUCCUCUUCUACUCCUACGCUGCUGUCUCGGGCGGCGCGCUGCUCAUGGCUCUGGUCGCGGGGGAGGCUGCAGAGAAGUUUGAAGGAGAGAAGUCGGAUGCGCUCAUGUGGCGGGUGCUGACAGUGCUCAAGAAGAUUCACGAGCCCAAGGGCAUAGCUGUACCACACCCUCUGCAGUGUGUGUGCACGCGGUGGCGCAGCGACCCGUAUGCGGGGGGCUCGUACUCGUACGUGCGCGUGGCAGCCUCGGGGGAUGAUUACGAUACACUGGCAGAGAGCGUGGACGAGCGGCUCUUCUUUGCUGGCGAGGCCACGAGUCGUCACUACCCCGCCACCAUGCACGGAGCCUGUUUCAGCGGCCUUAGAGAAGCAGCCAAGAUCAACCAAGUCGCCACGGCUGCCGAAGCUGCCCGGGCAGCUAAAGCAGCGCGGGAUACUCAAACCGCACCUGCUGGCACCACCACAGGGAAAAGCACACCCAUGAGCACAAGCAUGGGGGCAGAAGCAACAUCGCCAGCAGCAGCAGGAGCAGCAGCAACUCCAGCGGUGGGCAUGGGCAUGCAGAUGGCGGUGUGUCUGCUGGAUGCUCUGUUCAGCGAUCCUGACCUCGAGUUUGGUGCCUUUGCUGUUCUCUUUGACCCCCGCGGCUGCCAGCCUGACCGCGCUGCUGUGCUGCGCAUCACACUUAGGAAGGAUGCCUUCUUGCCAAGGCUACCCGCUGCUCCUGCUGCUGCUGCUACUGCUGCUUCUGUCCCUGCUGCUGCUGCUGCUGCCUCUCCAGCAAGAGUGAGUGAAGAUGCAGCAGCAGUAGCUGCAGCGAAGGAAGCAGCAGGGAGGCGAAAGGCAGAGGCUGCGAGAGAAUGGGGUCCUGCAGUAAACACUCCCGUGUCACAAACCCAUGUGGAGAAAAAUGAGAGUCAAUCAAGCCAUCCAUUAAAGGAAGCAGAAAAUAAGCCAUCUAGCACUACUCUACCUCCCCCACCGGCUGCUGCUGCAGCCAACACCACAUGGCCCCUUCCCCAGAUGACCCUGCACACAGUUGUCACCCGCCACCAGGCCUUGCUGCUCCGGGAGGUUCGGGGGAGUGAUGCGGCUCGGCUGGCGAUCCUGACGAGCAGGUUCGGGGUGAAGCUGGUGGGGAGGCGCGGGCUGGGGCAGAUGGGGGAGGAGGUGUUAGAGGCAAUGAGGGAGGAGGUGGUGGACGCAGUGAGGCAGAUGGGGGAGGAGGUGCUGGAAGCUGUGAGGGAGGCGAGACCUGCUAGCAGGGAGGAGGCUUGGUGUGAUUCGACCUCGUUCGAGGAGGAGUUUGGCUUGCGGUAUGGGCUCAUGCGGGAGGAAUGGUCUGUGGCCGCAAUGGCUCACGUGGCGGCAGGCGAAGGCACGGAUCGCCUGAACGGCCAUGUGCAAGUGAGCAGCGCGCGCAACAAUGUGGCUUUUGAGGCGCCUCAAAAGGCAGGCGAAGGCACGAAUCCCCGGAACGCCCAUGUGCAAGUGAGCAGCGCGGGCUCCACUGUGGCGGCGAGGAGGAGCAUCAAAAGCGAUGGCACGACAGCAGGAAGCAAGAACUUGAGCAUGGGAGUGGGGUUGGGUGUGGGGUUGGGGGUGAGGGUGGCGGGCAGUGGCGGCACAGGCGGAGCAGUGGGCGCGAGCGUGCAGGUGGCGACGCAGAUCACGGUGCCAGGCGUCAGCCUGCCCGUCAGCUUCGACGCCCUCCGCUGCUUCACCCUUCCCCGCGCAGCGGCUAAGGCGGCGCGGGACGUGCAGGUGUGGUGGCAUGGGCUGGCGGGUAACAGCAAGGGCGGCAGCAAGGGUGCGGCGUGCAAGCAGCUGCGGUUCUUUGCCAACCCCGCCUGCAAGGGCAAGGCGCUGGAUGAGGUGCUCAAGCCGCAAUACGCCGGCCUGCGCAAAUUCUUCCACGUGCCCAGGUGGGUGUUGGGGCAGCCUGGCAGGUGGGUGGGUCAUGGGGCAAGAAGAAGGUCGCCCGAUGGACUUCUGUUGCUUGCCAGCCUGGUGCGUGCCUUGCCUCCAUGCCUCCAUGCCACCUUGCCAUCAUGCCACCUUGCCUCCAUGCCUCCAUGCCACCUUGCCAUCAUGCCACCUUGCCUCCAUGCCUCCAUGCCACCUUGCCAUCAUGCCACCUUGCCUCCAUGCCUCCAUGCCACCUUGCCAUCAUGCCACCUUGCCUCCAUGCCUCCUUGCCACCUUGCCAUCAUGCCACCUUGCCUCCAUGCCUCCAUGCCACCUUGCCAUCAUGCCACCUUGCCUCCAUACCUCCAUGCCACCUUGCCAUCAUGCCACCUUGCCUCCAUGCCUCCAUGCCACCUUGCCAUCAUGCCACCUUGCCUCCAUGCCUCCAUGCCACCUUGCCAUCAUGCCACCUUGCCUCCAUGCCUCCAUGCCACCUUGCCAUCAUGCCACCUUGCCUCCAUGCCUCCAUGCCACCUUGCCAUCAUGCCACCUUGCCUCCAUGCCUCCUUGCCACCUUGCCAUCAUGCCACCUUGCCUCCAUGCCUCCAUGCCACCUUGCCAUCAUGCCACCUUGCCUCCAUACCUCCAUGCCACCUUGCCAUCAUGCCACCUUGCCUCCAUGCCUCCAUGCCACCUUGCCAUCAUGCCACCUUGCCUCCAUGCCUCCUUGCCACCUUGCCAUCAUGCCACCUUGCCUCCAUGCCUCCUUGCCACCUUGCCAUCAUGCCACCUUGCCUCCAUGCCUCCAUGCCACCUUGCCAUCAUACCACCUUGCCUCCAUGCCUCCAUGCCACCUUGCCAUCAUGCCACCUUGCCUCCAUGCCUCCUUGCCACCUUGCCAUCAUGCCACCUUGCCUCCAUGCCUCCAUGCCACCUUGCCAUCAUGCCACCUUGCCUCCAUGCCUCCAUGCCACCUUGCCAUCAUGCCACCUUGCCUCCAUGCCUCCAUGCCACCUUGCCAUCAUGUCACCUUGCCUCCAUGCCUCCUUGCCACCUUGCCAUCAUGCCACCUUGCCUCCAUGCCUCCUUGCCACCUUGCCAUCAUGCCACCUUGCCUCCAUGCCUCCUUGCCACCUUGCCAUCAUGCCACCUUGCCUCCAUGCCUCCUUGCCACCUUGCCAUCAUGCCUCCAUGCCUCCAUGCCUCCAUGCCUCCAUGCCUCCAUGCCUCCAUGCCACCUUUCCAUCAUGCCUCCAUGCCUCCUUGCCACCGUGCCCCCUUGCCUCCCUUCCUCCAUGCCACCUUGCCAUCACGCCACCUUGCCUCCUUUCCUGCAUGCUACCUUGCCACAUGCUGCACACAUCUCUUGCACCUCCUCUAUGA